AGACUCAGUUCGAACUGCCAUCGCGAAGUGUGUGGAAGUCAGUCGCUCUGCCUGGCUCCCCCUCCCUUCCUGGUGACUGCGCCGCGCCGCCCGGCGCCGCUCCGCCCGAACCCUUCAGCCAGAGGGAGUACUUAGAUAAACAGAUACUCAGUCCGUCACUUCACACUGGAUAUCGCAGCUCGUGUAUUUUAAAUCAGAGACUGCUGCUCGCUGCCUGAAGAUGAGGCUCCCCGCCGCAGGCCUCCGCGCCCUCUGCUUCGCCCUGCUGCUGGCUUGCUCGGCGGCUGCGCUCAACGGGUGUGCCCUUCAAAUAGUGCGCGCCGGACCUUACAAGUCCAGCCUGCAGCAUCACCUGUACAACAACGUCCUUGGGAUUCCGGCGCCAGGGUCGGUGUGUAUAAGCUACGCGGACGUGAACAACGCCAUCUAUGAAGCCACCACGCGCAUCGCCAUCGUGCCGCCCAAGGGGGACUGGACCCCGGACGACAUUGGGCCUGUGGGGCGAGGUGCUGCUGGAGGCGUCGCGGAUUAUCGCCAACAAGUACAGACUCUCGCCCCUGGAAAUCGCACACGACCUGCCGCUGAUGGACACGAGGGGCACCGCCGCCGCCGCCAUCUGCCCUCGCUACGCCUCGCCGCUCAAGUGUAUCCCGGGCAGGUACCGCCGCAUCGAUGGCCUGUGUAACAACCUGCACAACCCCACCUGGGGCGCCACCAGGGCCGUCUUCACCAGGUUCCUCCCGCCUGACUACAGUGACGGCAUCAGCCACCCUCGCGUGGCCCUAGACGGCUCGGAGCUGCCCAACCCGCGCCUGGUGUCCACCCACAUUCACAAGGAUGACGGCUUCCACGACCACGCGGCCACCGUCAUGCUGGUCGCAUGGGGCCAGUUCAUGGACCACGAUUUCACCCUGACAGCCAUGCCGCUAGACCCACGAACUCGUAACGAGCUGGAGACGUGCUGCCACCUUCAUCCCGGACACAAGAAUCCUUACUGCAUGGAAUUCGGCAUUCCAAAGAACGACGCUUUCUACAGACUCUUCGGCUUCGACUGUAUCGACUUCAUCAGAGGCUUCCCCGGCGUGCCGCAGAACUGUGCGCUUGGUCCCCGCAACCAAUUCAACAUCCUGACGGGCGUGAUCGACGGGAACACUGUGUAUGGAGGCAACGAUAACGAGGCAAGAAACCUUCGUGCCGGUGUGGGUGGUUUGUUGCGAACCCACGACGCCUUCCACGGCCUGUCCAUGAAGCACCUCCUCCCCCUCAAGACCGACGUUCCUGAUGAAGGCUGCAUUCGAGAACACGAUGACCAGCGCUGCUUCCUGGCAGGUGAGAUCCGCGUGAACGAGCAGCUGGUCCUGGCUGUGAUUCAUACGCUCAUGAUGAGGGAGCACAACCGCCUCGCCGAGGUGCUGGCUCACCUCAACCCACACUGGGACGACGAGCGGCUCUACCAGGAGGCGAGAAGAAUCGUGGUGGCUGAGAUCCAGCACAUCACCUUCAAUGAGUUCCUGCCGCAGCUGCUGGGCAAAGAGGUGAUGGACCACUAUGGCCUCCUCUUAUCAGACGGAUACUGGAAAGGCUACGACCCUAAAGUGAACCCUGGCAUAUCAGCCUCUUUCUCUGCAGCAGCAUUUCGCUUUGGCCACUCUCUUCUGCCAUCCUCUGUGGAGCGCUGGAGUCCCUCUCACAAGUACAUAGCCUCUAAGCGACUGCAUGACUUGAUUCGUCAGCCGUAUGACAUGUUCAGACCUGGUGUGAUGGAUGAGUACAUCAUGGGCAUGGCCAACCAGCCUUGUCAGACCAUGGAUGAUGGCAUUACACAGGAGGUCACCAAUCACCUGUUUGAGGAGGCACACGAAAGGUUUGGACUUGACCUGGUGGCCUUCAAUAUGCAGCGAGGGAGAGACUUUGGCCUCCCUGGAUAUGGUGCCUAUAGAAAGUUCUGUGGCCUGGAUCCCCACAUUUCCUUCCAUGACCUCGCCCACCACAUGACCAACUACACUGCUUUAAUGUACUCGGAGAUCUACAAAUCAGUGGAUGACAUGGACCUGUGGAGUGCUGGGGUGUCAGAGCGACCCCUCCCAGGCUCCAUGCUGGGGCCUGUCUUCUCCUGCAUCAUUGCCACCCAGAUGCAGCGAAUCAGGAGAGGUGACCGCUAUUGGUAUGAGCUUCCUGACCAGCCUUCCUCCUUCACUCCUAAACAACUGGCAUCCAUCAAGCAGGCCAGCCUUGCAAGGAUCAUCUGUGAUAACAGCGACCAUGUGAAGAACAUCCAGCUGUACCCCAUGGUGCUGCAGGACCCCCGCCUGAACCCCCGGAUGUCUUGCAAGAGUGCCCUCAUUCCCCACAUAGACCUGACGCCAUGGAUCGAAGCUCCUAUAGGCCCUGCUCCUUUACCGUACCCCCCAGCCACUGAGAUCAAGGUGUUCUCAACAGCAAAAAGUUUACAUGGCCCUGCCAUAUCUACUGUGGAGCAAUCCUUCUUUUAUGGCUAUGGGCUCGGCCACUGACCUCCAACACUGCAUCCCCCUGUUCAGCUCCACAACAUUCUUAAGAAUUUGGAUGAAAGACUUAAGUAAAGAAAGCAUCCUCGUAUAUAACUCAGAGCAAUCAAAUAAUGGUGAAUGUGGUAAACUUUUCUGUUUCACACACCAGGCCAUGGCUUGCUCAUAACCAAUACAUUAAGACAGCCCAGUGGCACACUCAUUUCAUACACUGGAUUAUACAUGUUGUUUAAUUUAAGUUUUUCCAUUAGUAUUUUUGGACAGAUUACAGAACAAGUUCCACUACAACUUCCUGCAAGCUGAAUCACCUACAUAGUACAUACAUUGUGCAGUAUUUUCCCGAGUCCACAUUCUUCAUUAAGGUCCAUCAAAGAAACACUAUGUAUAUGAUAUUAUUAUAGUAUAUUGAUAUUUUUAAAUUUUACCCAAUAUCUAAUAUCUCUGAUCUUACUACAUUAGAAGAACCAAAAAAUGUUAAGUUCUGGUAGCGAAGAAAAUCUAAAUCAUGGUAGCUAAUCCCUUGUAAGAUUAUGUAUCAAUAUGCAGAUUUAUAGACCAGAAAUCUUUACUUCUCUUAUGUUUUUCGCUGUACAUACUUGGACCUAACUUCCAUACCAUUUAAUCUUAAGGCACAUGUGGUUAUAUUAUGCUACGUGCAAGAUUGUUGCCAGCAGAAAUUCCACACCACACGACUAGCACUUGUAUAAAUAUGGCACUGCUGCCAGCCCUCUUUCAUCCUUCCCAUAUACACCAGACACCUUUCCUAUGGGGAGGAGAGGUGGUGGUGUGGGCGCACAGGGAUGAGUAAGAAAAGAGAUGACGGCAGUGUUACAGUUAUUAACGAGUGUUACUCAGGCAUGGACUAGAAUAUCUUCUGACAAGUAGCACAUGUUCAUCCAAAGAGGAGUACAAACCUCCCUGUUUGCCUAUGAAGCUCAUUGUCACAUAGCAUUACCUUUUUAUAGCAGUGAUCCAUGGGGAUGUAAAUUCAUAUUAUAAACUAGGAAUGUUAGAAUGGUGACACUCAUGUGCAAGUCUUCCACAUACUCAUCCUGUUAUUGAGAAAACAUCAUGUAAAUUUGUAUUAUAUAUGCAAUUUAACCAUCAAAAUUUAAGUUUCAGUUCAGAUCUUUGUAUAUACUAUAUUAUCUAAUGUAUGUUACCCAAAGUGGCUCAUAGAAUUUAUAGAAGCCAUAUUAAUAUAUAAGACCACUGAUUUGUGCCAGUGUAACUAUGAAAAUAUACAAUAACAAAAAAUCAGAUUCUGAUAUUGCCCUGUCUACAUAAAAAAAGUCACAGGUCCCAACGAGCAGACCGAGGGUGGAGAGCGGGGGCCUGGGACCAACUUGGUAGUGGUGGUACACAGCAAGACAAGCCAAGGGGAAGUAAACAUCAGUCACCCUCCACAUCCUGUAUAUUCAAAGUUUUGCAUUUAGACAGGAUAACCACAAUAAAAAGUUUGGGUUAUUGAGAAAAAUUUGCAACAGCAAAUAUAUAAAUAACUUUUAUACAAGGGCUACUGGCAGCUCUUGAAAUAAAAAAGUUAUAAACUAAACUAUUUUUAAGCCUAAUAAACUGCCAAAA